AUGAGCGCCACCGCCACGCCCGCGGAGCCCGCCCCUCCUCUCUACCUCACCCCGCCCGUCCUUCUCGCCGCCCUACAAACGGCCAUCGAGCAGCUCAACGCGCAGCUUGAAGCAGAGAGGGACGUGCUGUUCGAUCUCUGGGACAACCUGAGCAUCAUCCUCUACGCCAAGCGCGGCACCGGCCCAGGAGUGGCGGCAGCGUUGGACACGAUCCUCCAGCUGGCCCUUCAAGGUCUCCAACUCCGCUUCGCAGUUCGCGUCUCGACUGUCUCGGAGCUGUAUCUGGAAACGGACUUUGUCCUGGAGGCGUGCUAUGACGAGGGUUACCACGAGGCUGGGGAGCGCUACCUCGCUCACAUGUUGGAGACAUUCGCUGCUCAGCCAGGGGUCUGGAAGGCGGUUCUGGCAGCCGCAAAGCCUGAAGAGGGCACGGACCCGGUGGUGGCGUGGGGUGAGUUCGUAUCCUCUUUCGCUCUACCGGACGACGUGCUCGAGGAUGAAUCCAGCUGA